AUGUUGCUCUACAUACCCCAGACAGUAUGUGUUUCUGGCGGAAUAGUCAAGGGCACCGUAGAGCUCGAUUUCCGCCUCCUACACGAGGAACAAGUUGAGGAGGUGCAUGUGAAGCUGAGGGGUUAUGCACGCACAGACAUCAGGCGUAACAAUCAGACUAUAAGACAGUUCGUGGAGCUCGCGCGGGAGAAUACAUCCGUUUGGACCCGAGGAUCGAUAUACCCGUCACCAGGCCAGCACGCUCUUGUCGUCCCUUUUCAGUUCCGCCUUCCAGCCGAUCUGCCGCCUUCAUUCAGUUGCAGCACUAUCGGGGCUUGGGCAGUUGUUCGGUAUUAUGUCGAAGCUGUUGGUGUGCGCCCGGGGAUGCUGCGCCUGAACAAGCGGGCAUCCCAACCAUUAGCGGUUGUCCCUCACGACUCCAUUGGCCAGAGGAUCAAAACUCAAGUUUUGGCUGGAUGGAGAGGCCCAAUGGGAGACGGGUACGCAGAGAAGAGAAUACGGAAAGGCCUGUGGGGAGACUACGCAACUGUGGAGAUGAAGUACAUGUGCCCGAUGAUUUCUGUAUUUCCGCUCUUCACAAAGGUACCGUUCGUGCUUACAAUUGUUACGAAAAGCAAGGAGAUGGACCGUGACAGCGAGAAGAAGCUAUGGCCCGUUCCUCCCCGGUCUCCUCGGGAAUGGAGCAAUCAUACAGUAUGUUCGUUAGGUGGACUAGGGGGCUCAGCCGGGGAUCCAGAUAUGGAGACACCUGAGAACGAAUGGAUACCCUCGGAAUCGGAAAAGGGCAAGGGCAGAUGGAAGCAGACUGUCUCCUUUAGUUCGUCCCUUGAGUUCAAGUGUCCUCCGUCAUUCCGGUUCCCCAUCCUAACAUGCGAGUACUCGCUACAUAUCGAAGUGAGCUUUGGCGGUUUGUUCAACAGUAUAAGCGUAGAUAUUCCGGCCGUGAUAGGUUCCGGCAUGUUGAGUUUGGAGGAUACCACUCAAAGUGAUACAUCUCCGAUCAUAGUCGUGCAUCCUAGUGCUAACGCGCUUGAUCUACCUCCAUCAUAUUGGAGCACGGAGAGUUGGAAUGACCACAAGGAAUAG